CUUGACUAGGUCUAGGUCUGGGAGUGUAAAGAAGAAAAAUGGUUUGGUCAACUGAUUUCUUACCCUUUUUGGCAAUGGUGAUGGUGGAAUGUUGUGAAAUGUUGAUGAUUACACUUGGUAAAGCAGCCAUGAAUGAUGGAUUGAACAAUCUUGUUUAUGUUGUUUACUAUAAUGCCCUUGGUACCCUUUUUCUUCUUCCUUGCUUAAUCUUCCAUAGGCUCAGAAGCAAUAUGGUUCCUAUUACUUUGCCUAUAUUGUGGAGAUUCUUCCUUCUUGGCCUGUUGGGAAUUUGUUUGGUGCAAGCCGUGGCCUUUACAGGUAUUAAGUACAGCACUCCUACACUGGCAGCUGCUUUAGGGAAUUUGAUGCCAGGCUUUACAUUUUUGCUUGCCAUCAUUUUCAGGAUGGAGAAGUUAGAUAUAAGAAAGGUCAGCAGUCAAGCGAAAUCUGUGGGCACCAUAGUGGCAAUUAUAGGGGCAUCCAUCAUGACACUAUACAAAGGACCGAGAGUACUAGGAUCAAAUUUACCUUCUGAUUCAUCUCAUCACGCGUUAGUACUUUCACAAGAAUCAAACUGGAUACUGGGAGGUCUGCUGAUUACCACCACCUGCAUCAUGUCUUCUGGAUGGAACAUUCUUCAGACAGAUACCGUGAAGAAAUACCCCGAACACAUGACAAUAGUAUUUUUCACUUGCUUCUUUGGGAGUAUUCAAUGUGCAAUUUUAACUCUGGCAUUAGAAAGUAAUCCAAAGACAUGGAUGGUGAAGCCUGGGAUUGGGAUGAUAGCCAUUGUUUUCUCAGCGGUUUCUGGAAAUGUCUUUCGUUACAACGUUUUGACAUGGUGCUUGGAUAAGAAAGGUCCUCUUUAUGUUGCCAUGUUCAAGCCCUUGGGAAUGGUCAUAUCAGCAAUCCUGGGGAUCCUAUUCCUUGCAGAUCCACUCCAUUUAGGAAGUGUUAUUGGAGCAGUUAUUAUAUCUGUUGGAUUUUAUUCUGUUCUAUGGGGGAAGGCUAAGGAGAUCAAGUCCGUGCUUGAGGUUGACGACAUUGUUUGUGUAAUUGACUCAACAAAUCAAACAUGCCCUCUAUUGCACAAGUAAAUUAUAGUAAGAAAAGCAUAAGAUUAAGUAAUGUUACUAGUAAACUAUAGCAUGAAAAGUGGGUUAUGCUUCUUCUGUUAGUAACCUCGCAUUUCAUGCGUUUUGCUUAACGCCCUUGAGAAGUUGGUUAGUUAUACUCCCUCAGUCCCUCUGUUCCCAUUUAGUUGUCAGGAUAAUUUGCUUGAGAUACUUAUGUUAGGUUAGAAAUAAAGAAAAAGAUGGGUUAUUCAUGAAAAUAGUUUUUU